AUGGCGUUUUCGCUGCAAAUGCUAAUCUUCGUCAAACUACUUACAACGGUUACGAGCGAUGGUGAGUUCGUGGGAGGAGUAACAACUGCAUUUGCGAACGCUGACGAGAAACUAACGGCAGAACUGGAGGCCUUUCGUCAGAUUGUGGGGGCUUUGUCUCGACAAGUCAUGCUGCAGCAGAUGUUUGUUGAAGAACGCAUCAGAUCUGAUGGUGAUUCUGGUGUAAAGCAAGUGCGCCUCAGUAACAGUGGAACACGCAACUACUUUUCAGAUACCCAUGGCAACUCUGGAAGACUUAUGUCUAUUCAUGAACAUGCAAACAAUAUCCGCACGGUGGGCCUGGGAGAAUUCGUUGGCGUCCUUAAUGGAGUAGAAUUUAGGACCAGGCACAACGACUACCGACUCUACAUGGCAAACAAAACCAGCAAAGAAUACCAUGCAACGGAGCCGAUUCCAUUUCCAGAAGUGCCACCAGAGGUGAAAAAUAAAGCUACCGUGGACGAACAAAUCGUGGAGAUGCGCGAGUGGUUCAAGGCGUGGAAGUUACAAAAUCACACUAUUAGAGAUUACAGGAAGUAUUUCAAGCCUGUACUCUGCUUUCUAGAAGGCGCGUGGACCACAGCAACAAAAGACAUCGAUGAACCGUUUGAAAGUGACAGACAUUUUAUUGACGCCCAAACGUGGUUCGACUUACAGGAAAAAGUCCGCUUUACUUCUUACACUGGCAGAAAAGACAAUCUUGAAAACUUUUCCUUCCUUCCAACCACCAUUAUCGACAUUAUCAACGAAACGAUCCCUGUCUUUGCUCAAUGGAAUUACCGCAUUUUGUGUCACCCAGUGAGUCGCGAUAUCCCCUUGAACAGGUUUCGUGUGGUUGACGAUUUCCAUGCCAGGCUUCCUGCGCGAAGAAAAUACGACGAACAAAAAAAAUUCCGUGCAGCAAGAUUCCAAAUCAACCCUCGAGACUCGGACACGUGGACCGAAAGAUACAACAAUCCGAGGUAUACAGUGCUUGAUGAGCUUAUGAGUGAAAUUCCUGGAAAAGACAACUAUCAAGCUAAUCUAACAGAUGAGGCAUUUGACCUGCCAGCUCACACCAUUGACCCAAAGAAGAGCGGAAAAAUAAAUGCCGGUUACUACCAUCGCUGGUUUAAAGUCCUGGAGAAAGACGCAAUGGGCCAAUCCUUUAGGCGUCGCGGCUAUGCCGAUGAAAACCUGUUCAUGGCCAUGACUACCCAACCUAAAGUGGCCGGUAUGACGCUCAAGACCUGCAAGGGGCCCAAAAAGAGGCCGAGAUGUAAGACGGUCAACCAAAAGUUUUCGUACGCCAUUCCACUUGAAAUAAUCUACAUGACACCACUGAACAGAUGGAACCCAUUUAAUCUUGAAUAUAAAGGUGACGAGAGGACGCCGUACGGAAAGACCGUGUGGCUUGGUGGUCGCUAUGGAGGAAGAACUCCAGACAAGGCUUACAAUGGCACCAAUAGUAAGAAGUACUAUCUAACUCCAUCGGCCUUCUUUUCAGGAAAGGAAGUUAGCAGCGACGCUGCAGACACCACAAAGAAUAGCGUUGGAGUUUUGGAUCGGAAUGGAAUUGACGUUAGGAUCACUCGAGCCAGCGGAACACGAAUCUUUCUUCCACUCAUUAAUGGCGUAGGGAUCUGUCGACAGCGAUAUCCCAUAAUGCCAGUUCAUGGAGAGGGAAGCGCUGUUUGGAAGGAACUUGAGGCAACUAAGGAUAUCCUGAUGAAGUCCAACACCUAUAACUACAUCUACAGGGAACCACUUGCAGGAAACACUGGUGUUUCCCCAACGGAACCUGCGAAGAGAUCCUUGACUUUGAGGAUGAUCUCGGCGCAGAAAACACCCCCAGGACCGCAUAUUCAUGAGGUCACUUUGACACCAGACCAGGUGGAGCUUGCUAUGAAAGGAAAAGCUAUCAAGAAUCUUAUCACCACAACUGGAGCUGGUCACCAACAUAAAAUUAACAUUCAAAGAAGAAACAACAAAUGGUUUGUAAAUUACUGUGCUGGUGGGUGUGACCAAGGCAUGUUUCGAUGCUGUGACAAACAUGGCAUGAACUUAAAUGUGGACCCUAAUGCUUAG